UCUCCCUCGCUAUGAGCGUACACAUCCUUUUAGUUUUCGGGUUCCUGUGUGUGAUCCCAUCAACCUGUUUGUCUAUUCUUACUGAUGGGGAAACUCAGAAUGGCACGCUACGGGAUGAUUCAGUGGACUCAAAGACCGAUGUCUUCAGACAAUUGUUGAACCAGGAGACUCUCAUUCGAAUGUCUCUGGUGAAGAACGUUCAUAGUCUCAUGAAAGAUAUGGUCGAGAUGAAAGAAAGCAUGUCAACUAGCAACAAACGACUCAAUGUUGCGGAGAAAGAAAUAUCAAGCUUAAAAAAUGAGGUACAGUUACUGAAAACCGAGAACCAGAAAUUGAAAGAAGAAGCUGUAAAAUUUCACGAAGAGUUCAAAACUGCUGACAGUAAGUUUAGUGAAAUUGAAGGGAAUUUUACAAAGGUUUCAAUCAGCCGUUCACAAGAUGAAAGACACAUGAAUGAAAUAUUUGAAGAAUUCGAGAAAAAUACCUCGACGAUUCUAAAUGACAUCAAGAUAGAGGUACGUUAUCUUUCUGUGACGUUAUUGGACUUAAAUAAACAUACCAUGGAAAUAAAUGAAUCUAUUCCAAAUCUCAUAGAAAGCAAAUUCACUGAAUAUUCCACCAUCGUGGAUAGAUCUGUCAAUGAUAUAAACAACAAGUUGCUCAGUUCAAAGGAUUAUCAAGAACAAAUGGUGUAUAACUUGUCUACUCUGGGAAAUGACCAAUCCAGCCUAAUGAACAUAAUCUCAGAUAAACUGAACAACACUAUAACCUCCAUCAAAGCGGAUGUUGAGCAAUCCCAGAAGUCCCAGUUGAAGUUGGCGGCUGCUGUGUCAUCACUUGAGGUUUACAGAAUGAAUAUGUCCCUGAUGAACAGUUGUGCUUCAAAGACGAGUGUGGGUUUCACAGUCGGGGUGACGAGUUCGUCUAGUAGCUGGAAUGCAGGCAUCUUGGUAUACCCUCACGUCGUCACCAAUAUUGGAAACGGAUACAGUCCUAGCACCGGAAAAUUCACCGCCCCCACGGACGGGAAAUACGUCUUCUUUAUCACUGUCAAUGCGUACGGCAGUAAUUCUUUAUAUCUAGAUAUUGUUCAUAAUGGUUCAAGAAAGGUCAGAACAAUGUCCCACAGCUCUGCCAGCUACCAAACGGGAACAAACAUGGCGGUGCUUCCGUUAUACAAAGGGGACUCUGUCUGGGUCGUCUAUUGGAGUGGGAAAGGUUAUUACGCUUAUGAUGUUCCCAUUACGACCUUUUCUGGGUUUCUUCUGUUUUGAAAUUGGAGUUGACAAAAACUUAAAUGCAUUAAAUGUAUUAAAGAAAAGAUCCACUUA